UGUCUCGUCCAGCUAUGGAUAAGAGCACCCAAGAAAGGAUUAACAGAACUCGUGAAAGAAGUGAUAAAAUAAGUGCACUGAUGGGACAAUAUUUGUUAAAAGGAUACCGAAUGUUGGGAUCCACGUGUGAUGUUUGUGGGAAUGUUCUUCUAAAGUACCGUGACCAACAAGAUUACUGUGUAGCUUGUCAAGAAGUUGAUGCACUGCCUACAGGUACCAGUGAUCAAGGUGAGCUGCCAGCAUCUCACCCACCAAAGCAGGAUUCUUGUGAGAUUAGAGCUCCAUCUAAUCCUGUGAAGUCUCCCCUUAAUCACAAUCCUGUUGCCAUAGCUACUCAGGCUGUGAGUGACAAGAUAGUGUGGGCCAGUGAAGCACUGUCCAGUUGUCAUUCUACAGGAGAGUGCCAGCAACUUUGUGAACUGCUCAAGACUUGUGCAGAGACACUGAAAGUACUGAAAGAAAUUCAAUAGUAAAUGAUGUACUACAGCACAAAGAGGUCAACAGAGAUUAUAACCUUUGGAAAUGAUAAUGAGGGUUUUGUGGUGUUAUUAACAUGUGCCCACAUGUGCUAAAGGCAAGAAUCUAUGGCAGGGUGAGAAAGCACUCCCUUAGGAAAGAACUUCAAAUUAAAGGAUUGUUAGAUGCCAUUUCCGGUGUGUUGAACCCUCGAAUGAAUGUAAAGCUCGUAGUUCAAAUUAGUCAGGACAAUCGACUGGCUAACUGCACCCAAAACAUUGUGAAUUCAUACGAUGAUCCUGGCCCUCUGGAUAAAAAAGCCUGAGAUACCACUGAAAAACGACCGUGGGUAGUGCCACAAAGCUACUGGAGGAGGAAAACCGUCUGUUUCUUUGUCAGACAGACGUUACCAAAGACAAGAGAAUAUUAAGCGAAAACGUGAGACUGAGGAUGAUGGCCGAAAACGGUUGGGUUGAUUUUUCUGUGUUACAGAGGCAUUCCCAGUUUUCAAGAGGAUGUGUGUUUGAGUCUAUAUAACAGUUUUAGAUUAUGUAUAUUUAAACGUCCUAAUGAAACGUUCAGCAAAUAGAGUCACGCAAAAAAAAGGAAAGCUUUUACUUCAAACAAAUUAGACUAUCCACUGGAACGUUCCAGUUAGUAUUACUUGGAAAAAGCUUGUUAUCUUACAAAACCCUUCUUACCAUCAUUUAAGGGACCCGAUACUCGAUAUUCGAUACAGCUUUUCAUCCUUCUCCAUUAAUUUCUCACUUAAAGCUGAGAAUUUUUGUUAUCUGAGUCCACGAACUACCUUGUUUCUUCCCAUAGCACAACAAAUAAAAAUAUCUGUACAAUUUA